AUGGCUUCCAUCUUGAGAUCAGCAUGUAAUUUCUCUGUCUUCUUGGGGAAAUUCGUUUUCUCUAUGCUGGAGUCCCUGGUCUUCACCGCCGUGCCAAGGCGACGAAAGAACGUCGCCGGUGAAAUCGUUCUCAUCACGGGCGCUGGGAGUGGACUCGGGAGGCUCUUGGCCUUGAAGUUUGCCCGCCUUGGAUCCGUGCUUGUGCUCUGGGACAUCAACAAGGAGGGCAAUGAGGAGACGCUGCGCUUGGCCAGGGAGGCAGGGGCUGCCCAGGUGCACGCCUAUACCUGUGACUGCAGCAGGAAGGAAGAGGUGUAUCGCGUGGCAGAUCAGGUUAAAAAAGAAGUUGGUGAUGUUUCCAUACUGAUCAACAACGCCGGCAUCGUCACCGGGAAAAAGUUCCUCAGUUGCCCAGAUGGGCUUAUGGAAAAAUCUUUUGAUGUGAAUUUCAAAGCACACUUAUGGACUUACAAAGCCUUCCUACCUGCUAUGCUCGCUGAGAACCAUGGACACUUGGUUUGCAUUUCAAGUGCAGCAGGAUUGGUUGGAAUAAAUGGACUGGCAGAUUACUGUGCAAGUAAAUUUGCAGCCUUCGGAUUUGCUGAAUCUGUACUUGUGGAAUUGUUCGGCCAGAAAAAAGGGGGAAUUAAAACCACAAUCGUGUGUCCAUUUUUUAUAAACACUGGAAUGUUUGAUGGUUGUAGUACUGGCUUCCCUUUACUUUUGCCAAUUCUGGAACCAGAAUAUGCAGCCAAUAAGAUAGUUGAUGCUAUCUUGCAAGAACAAGUGUACUUGUAUAUGCCAAGAUUUUUGUACAUCGUGAUGAUUUUGAAAAGCCUGCUGCCCACCAAGACUGCACAGCUUGUUCUUGAGUAUAUGGGUGGCCUCAACCUCAUGGAUCAUUUUGUUGGCCAAAAGAAAAUAAACUGA